AUGAAGAGUGUUGAACACGACAAUGACGCAGCCUCGCAAGGAAAUGAAGUAAAAGAAGAAGUUGUAAACCAGUACAUUCUAAAUAAACUGAGCCUAAUUUUUAACAACAAUAUUAAGUCCAUAUCUCAAGAUGAUGAUAAUCUGAAUGAAGAAGAAAGCGAAAGAGAAAAAUACAGGAGAGCAGACACCAACUCAACCAAUGAUAUUAGCACCACGACAGUAGGAGGGGAGAAAAAUGCUCCGCUAAGCAAAAAAAAUAGCUCAGUAAAUAUCAUCGAAAGGAAUAACACCAAUGUUGUGGAUGUGUGUAGUACGAGUAAUCACCAGGGGGGGGUUAGCAGCACAGCGCCGGGCACGGAAAAAAGCCUUUUGAGCGUCCCCAAUGUGAACAUCAUCAACGUGAGCAGCACCAAUGUGAGCACCACCCACGUGAGCACCACCCACGUGAAUGAGAAGAAUAAUCUGAACAUCGUUGACAUAAACGACAUGCACGUUUUGGAAAACAACUCCCUAAGUAAUUCGCUAGAGAAGGACAUCCUAAUGCAUAAUGGGGGCCAGGUGAAGAGGGAAAAUACCCUCGAAAAAGCCAACAGCAUCAGCAUUAACGACCUGUUCAAGCUAAACUCAGAUGCGUAUCUAAACAUUGACAGCUCGCUGAAGAAAGGGAACCUCAGCGAAAUUUUAACAAACGAGAAUAAUCUGAACAUGUAUAGCCACUUCAAUGGGGCCAACAUCAGCAGCAGCGUUGUGAAGAAAAACGAACGAUGGAAAAGAUACAUUAAAUGUAUAGAACCAUUUUUAGAUGUCCAUACGAUUAUAAAUCUAAGUCAAACGUGUAAAUUUUUUUACAAGAGGAAAUAUAAAGUAUGGCAUAAUAGGUUAAUAUUUAAUAGCUAUUUAGGGUAUAACCCUAGGGUACUCUACGAAUAUGUUUUUCCGAGAAUCUAUAAGCACAUUCACAGGUCAGUGAGGAGAAGGCUUUGUCUAGAUUUCACCAUGUGCACUUUAAUAAAAGACAUAACCGUAGCGAAUGUACUGAAUCAGAUUUACAACUUUGAUUCUUUAAAUACCAAGCAUUUGUUUAUUUAUAAUUUGCAAGAAAUUUACUUUGACUUUUGCCAUCACUUGACCGAUAAGACCUUAGAAGUUUUGGCGCAGACCAGAUUGCCCUCUUUAAAAACGCUAAGUAUAAAAUGUGUCCGCAACAAAUACCUCACGUGCGCCCCCUUGACAGUCAUGUUGAGGAAAAACAACUGGCCAGUGUUUACCAAUUUUAUUUGUUCCUUUUCCAAUGCGUGGCUAGAACCCAUUUUCAUUAUGGCCAAUUUUAUAAUCAAUCGAGCGAACAAUCAGAAUCAUUUGAUUUACCAUAAGUUGAAGAAUCUACGGAAGACGUUAGAGACGAUGAAAAAUUUUGACAAUUCCAUCGUUUCGUCAUCUGCUCAUGAGGAAUGCAACCGUAGGAUUAUUAACGAAAGCAGUAGUUACAAUUUUAUGAGCUUGCAGAGCUGUGCGGAUGGAAGUAGCAGCAUGGAAAAGUCCAAUUUUGCAGACUACACCUGUACGCAUGGGCACAACAACGCGGGGUGCACUGGUGUUUGCAGUGGUGUGUGUAGUGGCAGCUGCCCCAACGGAUGUGCCAGCGCCUUCCCAAGUGGGUACCCCAAUGAGUGCACCAACACUUGUAGCAACACCUGUAGCAAUAAUGUGUACAGCCGCAGUCGUGACCAGGACAGAAGCCGAAACGCCGGCAGCAAGAAAAAACUGAAAUCUCUACUGAAUAGCGAAACAGAGUGCAGCAUCAGUCAGUCCGAAACGAAUAACAACUUUAGCCUUUUUAACAAUUUUUUCUACAAUACUAUGAAGCACUUUGGCUAUUCCUCGAAGAUGCAGAAUGGGUUGCCGUACCCGGACUAUAGCACCCUUGCGAAAAGUUCCCCGCAGAGCCGGAAGGACGAGCUGCAGGUGCCGGCCGCUGGUUCGAGGCCACACGGCAGCGCGGUCAGCAUGGGGAGCGGCGUCGGGAUGGGAAGCGGCGUCGGAAUGGGUAGCAGCUACGGCGGGAACAUCCACGGCAAGUGCGGGGGGAAGAACUCCACCGCAGACCCCAGCCACAGCGGAAGCAACACCCCCCAGCCGCACGAGGGGCACGACGGGGCGCACCACCAUCACCAUCAUGAGCAUGCACACCAUGAUCAUGCACACCACGAUAAUGCACACCACGAUCAUGCACACCACGAUCAUGCACACCACGAUCAUGCACACCACGAUCAUGCACACCACGAUCAUGCACACCACGAUCAUGCACACCACGAUCAUGCACACCACGAUCAUGCACACCACUACCAUCCACACCAUGAGCAUGCACACCACUACCACCCACACAUCCGCGCGCACGAGAAGAAGGACAUCUUUGACGAGUUCCUCUCGGGCGAGUGCACCGCAACGUGCAGCAACGAGAAGAGCAGCCCCGCGAACGAGCCGGAGAGUGGCACCUCUGCGAAGCACGAAUGUAGAGGGGCAGACGGCAAGUGCCUGAAGAGGGAAGAAGAUGAAGAGAGUUACAACGCCGAGGAGAGGGGAAACACGGGAGAGGCCCACCAGAACAGUCACAACGAUGGAGGUAGCAGCUGUUGCGAGAAGAGGAGGCAGACGAAUGAAAAUAGCAAGAGGAAGAACGGCGAGAAGGGGUCCCCCGAAAAUGCAGAGGAGGAUACGAAAAUUCGAAGAGUAAGGGAAGGCGAGGAGGAGCGAAAUGAGAAGAGGAUCGACAAUGAAAGGAGGAGCGAUAAAGAAGCGAGCGAAGGGGUGAGGGAGGAUCCCCAGGGGAAUAACCCAAGUGAUAAAAGGAGCCAUAAAAGGCACGAAGAAGAGGAAGAGGAUGAAGAGCACCUGCACGAAAAUAACAGUGUAAGCCCCGCGGAGGAGAAACAUGCAGUGAGGGAAGCACAUGGGGCAGAAAAAAAAAACCAUAAAAAAAAAAAAUUGGAAAAGAAAAAUUUCUAUGAAAGUAAAAAAAGCAGUCGAAUAGGAAGCAAUAAAAAAUCCAAAGUGCUAACAGCAGAGAAUAUCUUCUGCAUGAAUAUUUUACACAACAAUGUGAAUACCUUUGAUGAGGAAGAGGAAGACGAAGAAGAUGAUGAGGAUGAUGAAGAGAAAAAUUUGAACAAGUGCCGAUGUAAUGGAAAGAGUUGUAUAUACACCACAGAAGAAAUUAACUUCAAAUGUAAAUGUGACGACUGCCCUUUUGCCAAUGGCUACAAAAAUUUAAUAUCUGUGGAUGACCCCUACAUCCAGUCGCACUUUGUGCAACCCAAUUUAGAUAUCCUCGGCUCAUGGGGAAGCAAAUGCUUCCUCGAAAGUAUAGGGCUAGACAUCUACGUCAAGGGGUACAGCGUAGCGUUGAAAAAUGAAAAUAUUAAAAUUUGUGUAAAGUUAAGUAAAAAGAUACAAGAAGAGCUAUACGAUUUGAGCAAGAGCGAGAAGUAUAAAAAUAAUAACUUGGUUUAUCUCCUCAGAGAUAAGGGAAGCGAAUUGCUGUCGAACACCCCGCUAACCAUCGAAACGGAUGAGAACAGAGGAAUCGACAUUUGGACUUUGCCCAUAUCGCUGGCUAUUAGCAAAAAGAAUAGGUACCUCUUCUAUUUGGUACUAAAAGGAGGGGCCAAAAUUGACAUUUGGGACUACUUGGGGAAGUCCCCCCUGUACAUCGCGUGCGAAAAUGAGUCGAAGGAGUUCGUGGAGGUGCUCCUGGAAGAGAGGAGGAAGCGGAAGAAGAAAAAUAACAUCAUCCAGUACAGCUAUAAGAGCUCUGUCACGAUGGAUCGGGAGGGUUCCUUAGCAGAUGGUGCCAACAUUGGUAACGACGCGCGGGUGCACUCCACACAGGUGCACGCCGCACAGGUGCACUCCACACAGGUGCACACCGCACAGGUGAAUGAUGCAUCUCUGGGUGCAUCGCCCCCCGCCGCUACGGAAGUGGAGAAAAGUGCCCCCAAGGGGGGAAGUUCACCAGAAGGAGGUUCCCCCGAGAAGGGCAGCUCCCUCGAUAAGGCAAACUCCCCGGAUAAGGCAAACUCCCCGGAUAAGGCAAACUCCCCGGAUAAGGGCAGCUCCCCCGAUAAGAGUAGCUCCCUCGAUAAGGCAAACUCCUUCGAUAAGGGGAGCUCCCUCGAGAAGGCAAACUCUUUCGAUAAGGGAAGCUCCCUGGAGAAGCAAAACUCAAACGAUGCAGAGUCAACCACGUGGGAAGGACCCAAAAAAAAUAAUGACAAUUGCAACACAAUUUGUGUAAGUCCCUAUGGAAACACAUGCGACAGUUAUUAUGUAACCUUCCCCAUAGACAUAGAAAAUGGGUACAUCCCUCUGAACAUCGCCAUUAAGAAGAAAAAUUUCUCCAUCGUGAAUUCGCUAGUGAAAAAUGGAGAGAAUUUGAAUAUCAUCUGUCCCUUCGUGAGGGACUACAAAUCUCCCCUCUACCUCGCCUGCGAAAAUAACAUAAGCGAAAUUAUACAGCUGUUACUGGAAAAUAAGGCCAACCCGAAUUGGUGCUACCAUAACAAAUUCACCCCCAUUUUGCUUGCCUACAAUUUAAACAAAGCCUGGGUGAAUCAUUUUAUUGAUGCAGGGGCAGGAGAAAAACCAUGCGAUAGGCAUAUUCUAACGGAAGUCCUAUCUUGCGCCAUUUUUAAAAAUGACCUCUCAACUGUGCAAUUGUUGUUGAAGAAGUAUCCGCAGCUGCUACAGAAGGAACAUAAUUUAUGGUCCCUCCCAUUUAUCCAGGCAUCCAAAUUGGAGAGACUAAACAUUUUAAAAUAUUUGCACACAUUGAAGAAGGAAAUUAUUAACCAGCUAGAUUCAAACAAUGUGUUGUCUCCAAUCCAUGCUGCCGCAGAAGAAGGGAAUUUGGAGAUUUUAAAAUUUUUACUUGAAAAUAAUGUAAAUAUAAAUUUAACAAAUAAAUACCAUCAAAAUGCUCUGCAUAUUGCUUGUCUGGAGAAUCAGGAGAAGGCUGUCCAGCUGCUGCUAUCUCAUAACAUUGAUGUGAAUUGUAAAGACAACAUCAAUGGGGAGUGCCCCCUCAUGAUCUGCAUCCGAACGAGGAACGAAAUCCUAGCGCAUCAUAUUCUUAAUGAAGGGAAGAAUAUCAAUUAUAACCUUACCAAUAUACACGGAGAAACUGCCCUAAUAUACUCCAUUUUUUAUGGCCUCUACGACAUUGCCGAUGUGCUGAUGACCAGAGGAGCCGACGUCUCAGUUAGGGACAUCAAUGGAGAUAAGUCCUACAACGUCGCGUGCGAGAGGGUGCUCUCCCACAGGACUUGCAAAAAGGUUCUGAAGAAAUUCCUCAAACUGUAUAGGUCUCAAAAUAAGAACUUCCUCCCCAAGAAGAACAAAAUUAACAAGAAGAAUAAAUUCUACCAGUCGUACCAGAGCAUCAACCAGAGCUUCCUCAGCAUCUUCCGCAUCAAGAAGGAGAAAAAGAAGAAGAAGCCCCAGUCGCCCUACGCGGUUGAGAACGACGAGGCCGUCCUUCGCGAUUAG